CUUGUGUUCAGCUAUGUAGUGUUUUUGUGUGUGUGUGGUAGGCUUGUGGUGGAUAACUGUUCCUGUAAGCCUGUUCAGUGGGUGGAGCGGCAGGAGUUUGUGGUUCCCUCCAAUGUGCUCGGGCUGGUUUAUGGUCAGACCGUGGUCUGGGUAGGAGCUCUCUUUUGCCCUCUGCUGCCCGCCAUCAACACCUUGAAGUUUGUCAUCCUGUUUUACUGCAAGAAGAUAACACUCUUCGAAGACUGUCGGCCAGCGCUGAGGACGUUUCGUUCCACCACCUCCACCUUCUUUUUCCUGUUGGUGCUGCUGUUUGGAUGAGGCUUGGCAACAGUUGUCAUGAUUUACAGUCUCUAUGAGAUCCAUCCCUCUUACGGUUGCGGUCCUUUCCAUUCAUCCAGUACCAUGUGGUCGACUGUUCCAGACUCGUUCUACAAUCUCUCUAACGUCACACAGGAGUUUCUCUUCUUCGUCGGCUCCCAGGCAUUCUCCAUCCCUCUUUUUGCAUUAUCAAUUGUGGUGAUGUGCUAUGUCGUAGCUUUAGCAACUGUCUAUGGGAGAAGCAUUGCACUGCUAAAAGCUCAGCUUAAACUGGAGAGCCGUGACAAACAGUUCCUGAUCAAGCAGAUUGAGAGCCUGAGUCGGCAAGCUCACAUACUGACACAUCAUGCAGGAGUACAAGACUGAACACGACAUAUGGGCAAGGAUUUACUGUCUUAUAAAACAACAUAAUAAGACUUUUUUUUAUGAUGUUUGUAAUUUAAUGCAGGUUGCGUUUUACCACACACGUCUGCACGAAGAUAAUUGUAUUAAAAGUUGUGAUUUUUUUUUAAGGGAAUACAUAAAGAAGGAGAAUUAAAACUUGAUCAUUAUUAAAGUAUGA